AUGGCACAACAUCAUAAUACUAGAUCUAUUACCCUGGACACCCCUCCAAGUUUCGAACCCUUCACCUUGAGCCCAUUGGACCAUAUUGUCCCUCCAAUCCACCUAUUCGCAUACCUUACCUUCAAGCCCGACUCCCCAUCAGAUGCCAUCCCCGUUCUCCAAAAUGGCAUCUUGCGCCUAUUACACGCCCUUCCCUUCCUAAGCGGUAACAUAGUGACGGUAGAAGAGCUGAACGGCAAGCAGAACUCGAUGCAAAUAACACCGGCAGAUGCAUCAACGUUCCACCAGUCACCCAUGCUUAAGGUCGUGCAUCAUGCUGCUAAAACCUCCGCCGUGGAGGGCGAUGACGCGCAACAUGCUAAUUUCGUCCCAAUUCCUAUCCACCUACCCAAUACCGAUCCGAGCCCUGUAUUGCGAUUCCAGGCCAACGUGAUGACAGAUGGUCUAGUGUUAUGCGUGACCUUCAACCAUCGGAUGAUGGAUGGACUGGGGGUGGUCGCUAUUUUUGACUCUUUGGCUGCGUGCUGUCGAGGUGACUCGGCAUUCACAGGCAUGACUGCGCAGCUUCAAAAAAAGCUGCAGCUUACAUCGAUGAGGAGCUCCACUCCAUACAAUAUUCGAGAUGAAAUUAAAGCUGAACCAAAGAUUCUGUCCAGCCCAAAAAGUCGGAAAUUUGCCCUGUCCUCAGAAAAGAUCAGCAUGCUCAAGCAAAAGUGCAACUCUAUGUUCUCCACAACUUCUGGUCAAACACUUAAACCUAAUUUAACAAAUUUGGAUAUUCUCACCGCGCUUAUUUGGAUUUCCGUCGCCAGAGCAAAGCAAGCAUUAUCACCAACUACACCCAAAGACACACCUUCCACAUUGUCCUGUGUCGUUGAUAUUCGGUCUAUUCUUCGUCCCAAGCUAGGCACCUAUAUAGGAAAUGCAUUGAUGCGCGCUAAAUGCGUACUGUCUACUCGAUCCACUUCAGGCAAAACCCCAGACCCCAUCGCCGAUAUCUCAUUAAUCCACGAAGUCGCCUUACAAAUCAGAAACGAGAUCCGAAGCAUCACCACCGAGCAAGCCACCAGCUACGUCUCCCACAUCAACACCCUGGACGAUUGGAGCUCGUUGCAGGCUCAACGGCCCGAGCUAGUUGUGAGCAGUAUCCGCCAUUUCAAUCCGUAUGGAUUGAAUCAUGGCACUGUGUUGGGCCCAGUGGUGACCUUCGAUAUACCUGAUCCGAGACUUAAUGGGGUCUGUUGGAUUAUGCCUGCUAGGCCGGGUUCUGGUGGAGCCAAGAAGACGCCAUUGUGGGAAGUGAGAAUUGUGUUGGAGGAGCCUGUUAUGGAGUGCUUAAAGAGAGAGCCGCUGUUUUGUUGGGCGUCUGAUAUUAGUCGGACGAUCAGUGAUUCGAAGCUGUGA